UCUCUUCUCCUCCACAGCCUCCCCCUUGGUUUGUUUAGUUGGUCUAGUUAUGUUGGUUUUGUUUAGUUGGUUGGUUACUUUGGCUUAUACACCUGCAUUUCACCACAUCGCAUGCAUGCACACACCUCACCACUGAUAUACUGACUUACAUAAUUAAGUUUCUUUGUGUUGCUUUCAGCUAAUUAAAUAAACAUUAUUUUAUUAUAACUUGAAUACAUGUGUGGUCUCCUUGUUUUGUCAUGAUCUAUGAGCUGGUUCAUGACAACACAUAUGACUGUUUUUUAUUGUAAGUGUAUUGUAAAAAAAAAUUGGUACAAUUAAACAUCAAUGCUGAGCACACCACAACAUGUAAAAUAGACUAAAUCAUAGAAUAGUUCCACAUUUAAAAUUGCAAUGAUCAAAUCUCACAACUAUGAAGAAAGAAAGAUGUGAAUGUGUCCUUUAAGCUAGAUGUUGUGAUUCUGUCUUUCUCCAAGGCUUAAAUCAAACUCCCUCAAUUCAAAACUCAAACAUUUUAUCCACUGGGUGGCGCUUUUUUAAAGUCUACCAAAAAAGUUGAACUCUAACCAGUGCAGUCACAUGAAACUACAAACUCACUGCCAAAUUAGAGGCUGUUCCAAGAUAUGUUUUUUCAUGAAUGCACUGUAGUUCUACUUGAAAUGAUCACUGACAAAAGCUUGCUGCACAUUAUGUCAGACAGAACAAUGGUCUGACACAUGAACCCUUUUCUCCCCCCCUCUGCCCUCAUUUCUUUACUUUCACUUUACUCAGCAGCAGCAGCAGCAGCAGCAGCAACAGGGAGGCUGCAGUGUGGACUGCUCUGAACAAAGGAAAGUUUUACCUCUAACAAAAGUUAAACUUCCCCGAACCAGAAAACCUCUUUAAACACUGACAUUACACAGACAUGGCAGCCAGCCGUUUGGAUGAAAACUUUCCUGAUGUCCAGCCUGGUGAGCAGCAGGAGGAUCCAGAGGAACCUCCCAUUAGGAUCAUGCUUCUCGGAAAGAGCGGAGUAGGCAAGAGCUCGAGCGGGAACACCAUCCUCGGGCAGCAGAUGUUCAAAUCCGACAUGAAGCUGAAGAGAGUGACGCCCUACUGUGAAAAAGAGAGUGGGACAGUUAAAGAUGUCCCCAUUGCUGUGGCUGGGACAGUUAAGGACGUGCCCAUCACUGUGAUCGACACACCCGGCCUGUUUGAGACACGCCGCAACAAGGAGGUAGUCGUGCGAGAUAUUCUGAAGUGUGUCAAGCUCCAGGAACCAGGACCUCACGUCUUCGUGUUGGUCGUCCCCGUGGGAAGGAUGACUCAGGAAGAUCAAGACACCAACACGCUGAUCGAAGAGAUGUUUGGUGCCAGAGUGUGGGACUACACCAUCGUGCUCUUCACCCACGGAGAUCGCCUGGAGGGGAAAACCAUAAAUGAUGUCAUCACGGAGAGCGAGGACAACCUCCGAAGCUUCAUACGCAAGUGCAGCGGCGGCUUCCACGUCUUCGACAACAAGAACCCGCAGGACCAGGACCAGGUGACGAGCUUUGUGGCGAAGAUCCAGACCCUGGUGGCCCUGAACGGGGGGCGUCACUUCCACACGAGCCUGUAUCCCACCAGGGAGAGGAAGAUUAGGACGAAACAGGAGAGCAUCUUGGCGGAGAGAGAUGCCGAGAUCUGUGGCAAGGAGAAGCAGCUAGAGGAGCAUUUCAAGGAGCAAGAGCUGAAGACGAAGAGGAAGGAGCUGUGGAGGAAAGAGGAGGAAAAAGCGAGGGAGGCCGCAGAGAUAUACAUCCGCAUGGAGUCCUACAUUUUUUGGAUCAUGCUCUUCAUGGGAGCAAUAGCGCUGCUGUGUGUGGCUGUAAAAUCACCAGGCAUUUGCCUUCCAGCAGCAAUUAACAUCAUUUUGUUUUUGUUCAAGGAGACUAUUCUUCGUUCAACUGUUUCAGGAAAAAUGUCAUAGCUUUCUAAGAAAAAUCAAUAAGCGUGGCAUUUUAUAGUUAGUCUAUAAUGGGCUUUCAAUUGAUGUAGUGGAUUUUAUACUGAAGAAACUGUUUUCAAAAACACGUUUUUGAUUAGAAAACUGAUAAAAAACAGGUUUUUGAUUUUGUAGCUUUCUCACUUCCUUGUGACUAAUCCUUAAUCCACUCUCACCUGUUAUAUACUGUAAUCAUGUCUAAUAAAAAUGAUUAAACUAAUCAUCAAUAAAUCUUGAAAUUAAAAAUUAAAUGAUAACCUGUAA